ACGAGGGGAGCAUCGUGUUUUUUUUUAUAUAUUUCUCUCAGUUCCGUGUUUUCUGUAGCCUCACCAAAGACUUCAUAUUUUCGUAAAAAACACAAAUAAUCCAGUGUUGCCUCUAAGAUGGCUAUGGUGAAGAGUGGUUGGCUUCAUCGACAAAGUACCAUACUACGCCGUUGGAAAAGGAACUGGUUUGACUUGUGGGCUGAUGGACGACUUGUGUUCUAUAAUGACCAACAAUGCCGUGACAUGGAGGAUGAUAUCCACAUGAGGGUCGACUGCAUCAACAUCCGCAAUUCUGCUGCGUGUCAAGACCUGAACCCUCCGGAGGGGAAGAUGCGUGAUGCCUUGCUGCAGAUCGUGUGCAGAGAUGGUCGGGUCAUCAGUCUGUGUGCAGACAGUGCAGAUGAUGCUCUGGCAUGGACCAUGGCACUGCAGGAUGCCAGAAUUAAUAUGAUGGUCACUCCUCCUCAGAUCAGCUUUGCACAGGAAGUGACUGCUUCCGCUCCUCCCCCCUACUCAGAAUAUGCUCCCCCACCUCAGGUUUAUGCUCCAGGACCGUAUGGAGAGUAUGUUGCACCUGCCCCACAUGCUACACAGAUUGUAUACUCAGCUGAUGGCCAACCAUACGCUGUUGCUUAUCCUUAUCAGUACCAAGGCGGGUACCCUGCUGCUGGAGUGAACCAUGUCGUAAUUCGGGAGCGCCAGCGUGACGACGGAGGAGAUGUGGCUUUGGGCAUGCUCGCUGGAGCGGCAACCGGUUUGGCACUCGGCUCUCUCUUCUCUGUCUUUUAGCGUUUCGAUUAACACGACACCUUAUAGCACACCAUUCCCCUGUUUAUGCAGCAUUUGGCUUCUUCUCUGUGCCAUCACAUGAGUCGGAGUAAAAUGCCUCUGUUGGGCUGUUUCCAUCUAUGAAGCAUGAUUGUGAUGAGCAGGCGAUUACUCCCUAUAUAUAUAAAUACUGUUAGCACUUUCUCAGAUGCCCUGUGGCACUCUCCCACCCCCUUUUGUGUUGUCUGAAAAUGAAUGUUCUUAACCAAAAAUACUUACUUUAAAGAGUUAUUUAAAUGACAAGAAGACUCAACUAUUCUCACGUAUACUAAAGGUCCUCUUUGCUAAACAUCUCAGUCAUGUUUGUUCCUGUUUCACGGAGCACCUUUAUCCUUAAUGUUUUGUUUUUUACAGGUUUUGUGUUCAUCUGUGUACUGUACCUCAUGUUAUUUUACUUUUUUUUUUUUUUUUUUCAUGGAUCACUUGUCUAUUUUGGCUGUGAAUAUGCUGUGUUUCUUCAAGUCCUCAGGUUAUUUGUGGUGGAGGCAGGCUUGAAUGAGAGUUGUGUUAAGAGGAUUGUGCACACAAAGCAAUAAAUCAAUGAAAUCAGAGCAUUAAAUUAAUUUCAUUGUAGCAUUUUUAGGUUUCGGUGGAAUCUGGUUGAGGUUUCAUGUCUGAUGUUGUCGUCACCACAAAUAAGUCUACAUGUGAGGAAACACUGGCAUGUACACAAUGUGCUUUUAAGUGAAAAAGGGACUUCACUCCUUAAAGUUCUGUCUUAUUUUUUUUCGUUGGCAGCUGUCGGAUCACGUUUCAUUUCAUAUUAGUGAUUUUAUAUUUUGGUUUAUAUUUCAGUGGGCUCGGUGCAUUAUACACAAAUACUGAUCAGAUGAAUCAGCCCACAUCAGUUACACUUCGGUUACUUAGUUUUCACUCCAAUUGACUUCAAUAUUUUCAGAUUUUCCCAUUAUUCAUUAUUCAUGGUAAUUAUGACUGCAUUUAUUCACAUACAAUGGCAAUUUCUGCUUGGUCUGCUUUUCAAACAGAUGUUGUAUAUUGUCAUUAAUGUCACUGACGAGAAGUAUAAGACUUGUAUUUCCAAAUCAUUUCAUCUUUGCAAAUUAUCAGCUUCUGCGAGCAGUGUGAUGUGAUGUCAUUUUUCUACAUGUAUUAAAGAUGUAAAAUUCUAUAAAAACCUGUUUCUUUCUCAUAUCAAAUGUACUAAUUAAGUUAUGAUUUACCCUGCAUUUAAAAUACAAAUAUCUGACAAUUAACUAAGAUGUAUUUUAACAAUUAAAUAUAUUCACAAAGGUA